AUGGAUCUUGCUAAGCUUGGCUAUCAGCAGGUUUUAGAAGAGGGUGUCGGUGUCGUGCCAACCUUAAAAACCACCAGCGUUGCAAACAAACAAUCCAGAGAACGAUUAACAGAGGGAUGGGCGUUGCGACCAGCUAAGAAGGCGUACCGUUUUAGUGAAAAGCAGAAGGCCUACCUCACUGCUAAAUUCAACAUUGGUCAGUCCACUGGACGGAAAGUUGACGCAAGUCUUGUAGCACGUGAUAUGAGACGUGCCCAUGGUUCGAAUGGCGAGCGGCUUUUUAAAUCAGCUGAAUUUCUGACCUCUCAGCAGAUAUCUUCAUAUUUCUCUCGCCUUUCCGCGACAACUCGCCAACAGACCCUCACCCAUGAAGCCGACCUUACCGCCAUUGAAGAUGAAAUAAACUUUUCCACGGCCAGAGACCAAGUGAUGGCUUCUGUCACACUCCAACAUCCCAUUGUUUUUGACCAGUACAACAUCUGUGCCAUGGCAGAAGAAGACACAUUAAAGAGCUUGAAGGUUUCGUUGCUUCAGGUGAUUUGUCAAGGCCUCAAUCUUGACAUUCCCGAUCAACCAAUUCGCCGUAAAGCUCCAUACCUGAAGUUGCUCAAAGAAGCCAUCAGUAAUUGUGGAUGCCAAAGCCAAGGCUGA